AUGGACGAGGUCGUGAAGAGCGGCAGGGUCCGGAAAAGAGCCCCAAACGCGUGUACCAGAUGUCGCAAGCAGAAGAUCAAGUGCAGUGGUAAUGUGCCGUGCGAGCAGUGCUCUAGGAGAAACGUCAACUGCGCUUUCGAUGACAAGCAGCACAAGAUACUCGUGAGCCAGACAUAUAUUGCAGAGCUCGAACGGCGUGCUGCUGGUCAGUCGCCACACAACGGCAAUCAGAUCCCACCACUCCAUCACAUAGGGCUGGACAACGAUCCAGGUUCUCCGGGUGAACAUGGAGAGCCAUCAGGGCAUGGAAACAUACAUCAUGGUCCUGGAUCAGACGACAUCGAAGAUGAUCAUGCAUCCCCGUCAGAACCCUCGACCCAGGGCCAGACCGCAGUGCGUACCACGCCUGAGGCUAAUCUGACCAACCCCUUGGAUCCCAAUAAUUCCGACUCGUUUACUCUUGAUACAGCCAGCAGAAGAUUCUUCUUGGGAGUUUCCUCGAACUGGUCUUUUGGGCGGAGAGUGCUGAGAAUGGUUCACGAAAAGGUGAACGACACUCCACUCCCAGCAGAAGGCUUACAAUUCGAAGGAUCAACUUACGAUCUCGGCUGGGAUGGCCACAGAAGAACUGUUGCCGUUGACACUUCGUCUCUGCCGACCUCCGACUUUGCAGUGUUUCUGAUCAAUGCUGUGAAGUUUCACUGUGGCCGACUGUUCCAUCUCUUCGACGAAACAUUAUUCAUGCAUUAUUUUACAAGGUUCUACGAGGAUCCAGGCAACGAGGCCAACUACCCCAGGCUAUGGUUCAUCCAUUUUCUGCUGAUACUGGCUUUUGGUAAGGCAUUCAUUGUAGGAGCGAACAAAAGCAAAAGGCCACCAGGAGCGGAGCUCUUUGUACAGGGCAUGCAGCUGCUUCCUGACAUCACUGGCCUGUACACCGAUCCUGUACAGUCGACCGAAGUCCUGUGCUGUGCUGCUCUCUACCUGCAAUGUCUGGACCUUCGCAGUGCUGCAUACAACGUGAUCGGACAAGCCUUCAGACUCGCAGUCGAGCAAGGUCUCCACACUGAUAUGCAAAGUCUACAUCUACCAGAUGCUAUGGUGGAGAGAUGCCGCGAGGUCUGGUGGACAGUGUACAUUCUGGACCGUCAUAUGACAUCUCUGAUGGGUGUACCCAUGAGCUUGUCAGAUGAUGAGAUCACGGCCUGCUUGCCCACGUUUGCCGGUCAAACAAAGAAGGCGAUUGCGUUGAGCCUUCAUGUAAGGUUGGCAAAGGCAGAAGCAGUUAUACUACAGACUGUGUACGGCCGAGGUGGUGGCAGAAGUGAGCGAUUCUUGUUGAACAUGAAAGGAGCACUAAGGACAAUUGCAUCAGCUAAUGAGCAACGCAACGCGUCCUUCCCUCUGGAUCUCGACAAUACUAGUAUUUUGUCUCAUACUGGCAACAAGACCGUUACUUUAUUCUUUCCUACAGAAGCGACUGGAGUCGACAAAGCCAUUGCGAGUGUCUGCGUCGCACGGCGCCAGAUCGCUCGUCAGGAGAGCUUCAUACCAUUCGAUCGCGAUGCCGCCUUUUCGUCCGCAGUAGUUCUCAACGUUGCAGCGACAGUUGACCCAUCGUUGGUCAAGAACAAGGAUCCGAGGCUGCAGACAGCGCUUGCGAUUUUGGACGAGAUGACUACACGAGGCAACCGGAUUGCCGAGUUUCACAAAUUUGAACUGGAGCAAUUGGCUGCCAACCUGAGGCGCCUGCAGGCGAUGUCAUCGGCUGCUAACGAGGGAAGAGCAGAUUCGACCAGUCAAGUUUCGCCCAACGAGACGACAAGCCUCAGCGUGGCUCCUAUGGAUGGACAGAACUCGGAAGACUUCCAGACGACAUUCGAUAACAUUGACACCAUUCUGAGCGAGUGGAAUUCGGAUGAUGGACUGAGUGGAGAACAUCUCAUGGCCGUCGCCGAUUCUCUGGACUUCGGGCAGUUGAAUUGGCUGACCAUGGGCGACUUCGAGCAACCGAUGAGCGUAGGCCAUUGA